CUAUCGAGACGUUGUUUUCCUUCACGGCUAGCAGUGUACAGUCGCUUGCUUGGUCCGUAUAGUUUUGUAUGUGACACAGGACGGUAGGAUGGGGGUCGCCUGCGCCAAAUGCUGCUUAUGCUAUUGCAUAAGGUUCUUCGAGUGCCCUGGGGGUAUUUGCCGAUGCCCACAGGGUGCCCGAAGUUGCUGUGGCGAGUUCUGUCAAUGCGCGGAUUGUUGUGAUGUCACGGAUGAUGACGAGAUAAUUGUGUUGGGAGAGAUUCAGUCUAAGCUUGGUGAAGCGAGCUAUACCCACGAUAACGGUGACACAUACACGGGGCAGUGGCAGGCAGGGAUGAGGCACGGGAAAGGCGAGCUUGUGACUGCUGAUGGCAGGAGGAUAGAAGGUUACUGGCGAAAUGACGAAUAUGUGGGCACAGAGCCACCUCCGUAACAGCAAAGCAGGCGAAGCUCUACCACAGAAAAUUAAAAUGGUUAGUCGGAAAAACAUCCUUAGCCCCGGAGGGGAUGUGAGAAGUGAUUCUAUAAUCUAACCUCAUCAGAGCCGCUAAUAAAAUUGAAAAGUAGAAGAUGGAAUGGUCUGGUUUUGCGCUACCAUAUAAAAGUAGUAUCUAUAUCUAUAUCGAAUACUUUACAUUUGUUAUUCUGUUGAUAUUUUUUUAUGGAAAAUAAAACUAAAAUUGAAAAA